AUGCCGGAGCUCGGACACCGGAAAAAGGAAGGAAGCGAGUUCCUGUUGGCGACACGUGGAUGGAGCCGCUGCUCUGACGCCGCUUUCCUUUUGUCUGCGGCCAGUUCGGAGCAACCGCUGACCGCUCCUGCCCCUCCCGAGGACGAGGAGGCCUGCUCCGCGGCCCGAUCGUCUCCGGCCGCUCCCGGAGCCCCGAGUCUCCCCUCUCCGCCGCCAGCCGCCGCCGCUUCCCGCCAUGUCCGCCACCCCCCAGGCCUCCGCUGCCCAGUGCCCGGAGCGGACCUACGUCUGGACCCUGGAGGAAAGAAACCUCAUGAAUCUAAGGGAUGUGGGAAAACUCUUUCACGAUCCACUUCCCUCAGUGAAGAUAUGAUAACUGACACAGGAAAAAGACCUUUUGAAUGUAAGGAAUGUGAGAAAACCUUUUCACGAUUCCCUUCCCUCACUGAACAUACUGGAAUUUACACAGGAGAGAGACCUUUUGAAUGUAAGGAAUGUGGGAAAACCUUUUGCUAUUCACAUUCCUUUAGGCAACAUACUGGAAUUCACAUGGGAGAGAGCCUUUAUGAAUGUCAGGAAUGUGGGAAAACAUUUCUUGAAUCAAGUCACCUCACUGUGCAUAGAAGAAUUCAUACAGGAGAGAAAUAUUAUGAAUGUCAGGAAUGUGGAAAAACAUUUUCUCAAUCAAGUAAACUAAUUUCUCAUAGAAGAAUUCAUACAGGAGAGAAACCUUAUGAAUGUAAGGAAUGUGGGAAAACAUUUUCCCACUCAAAAAGCCUCAUUCGACAUAGAAGAAUUCAUACAGGAGAGAAACCUUAUGAAUGUAAGGAAUGUGGGAAAAGAUUUUCUCACUCAAGUAAGCUCAUUUCUCAUAGAAGAAUUCAUACAGGAGAGAAACCUUAUGAAUGUAAGGAAUGCGGGAAAACAUUUUCUCAAUCAAAUAACCUCAUUACACAUAGAAGAAUUCACACAGGAGAGAAACCUUAUGAAUGUAAAGAAUGUGGGAAAACAUUUUCUCAAUCAAGUACACUCAUUUCCCAUGGAAGAGUUCACACAGGAGAGAAACCUUAUGAAUGUAAGGAAUGUGGGAAAAGAUUUUUCCGCUCACAUAGCCUCAGUUUACAUAGAAGAAUUCACACAGGAGAGAAACCUUAUGAAUGUAAGGAAUGUGGGAAAACAUUUUCUCAAUCAUAUACACUCAUUUCUCAUAGAAGAAUUCACACGGGAGAGAAACCUUAUGAAUGUAAGGAAUGUGGGAAAACAUUUUCACUCUCAGGUGACCUCACUAAACAUAGUAGAAUUCACACAGGAGAGAGACCAUUUGAAUGCCAAGAAUGUGGGGAAUCAUUUAGGCAGUCAUAUCAGCUCAGUAAGCAUAGAAGAAUCCACCCCCUGAAGACCUGUUAA